AUGUCCCUUUUAAAAACCUUAUCGUUUACGAAAACAACAGUAAGGCAUAUCAGCAAGCGAGUGUUUCAAUGGUACAAUGAAGGUAUACAGUAUCCCGGAUUUAAAUAUUAUCCCAGAAAUCCGGAGACGUUUCAAGACCCGCCUUACAACCCGUCUAAGUUAUUUCGUGUAGAAAAAAUCAAAACGUUAAAACACGCUCCAUACUGGGAGAAGAAAAUUAUGAGCGAAUUCCAUCUAGACGGGAAGCUGAACUCUUACACCAUUGUAAAAAACAUCCCGGAGAAUAACCAGAGGUUAUGGAGAGUGAAGCACUUGGUUAAAAUCGUGCCCAUAACGUUUCCGGACGGGUUUCCCAAAGAAGAUGAUAUCACGUACCUUCAGGAAAACGGAGAAUUGAAAAUAAUUAAAAAAGUCGAUGCUGUAGAUGAAAAUAAGUUUAAAUUAUCCGAGUCUUUCCGCAAAGAAGUUAAACGUAUGGACGGGGACACUUUGAGAAGACAAUUAAGGCAAAAAUGGCUGAGCGGCUGGGAACAACCUUAG